AUGUACUCUUGCGCAAACCAGCCCCGCGGUUGCCGAGGCCGCGUCAACCGUCAAGGAAGCAAGUGCUCGGACUGCGUGACUCUCAACCUUCGCCGUCCAGCAUCCGCCUCUCCCUUUGCCCAACCUCGCGACUACAAGCGCGUGCUCCCCUCAGAGCGCCUCAGUGCAGUCUUCAAGCCCGAGGACCUCGAGCUGUAG